AGUGAAACAAAAUAUUCUGUAUUUAAAGGCAAGGCAGGCAGAUGUUGACAAAGAGGGCUCUCCUAAAACUAUGUUCGGAUAGAUUUUUUGCUAACUGCACAUAUAAAUACGAGCAGAAGGCCGGUCACCUCCGUAACCACCGGCAGCAGCAGCAGCAGCAGAAGCUGCAGCUUCAGACGCAGCCAGAGAGACCUCGGAGCAAAGUCGCUGCCUGCUCUCGCAGCUGCGUGCCCGGGAGGCUCCCCCACAGCCCGGCUGCACCGCCGGCCCUCUCCUUUUUUCUUCCUUCCCUUCUUCUUUGACUCCCCUCCUCCUUUUUUUUUCAUUAAUCAUUUGUUUCUUUCUCCCCGAGGACUUACGGCCACUUUGCGCCCUCCUCCCCCUUUCUCCAUCCCCUUUAGCUCAUCGCCUCCUUUCUUUCUUCUAAAUCGCUCUCCUCGCCCCCUUCUCCCGGAGUCACGCUGCCUCCGGGUUCCGUGCGUCUGCAAACUUUUGAACGGAACAAGCCUCAGCAAACAAGUCCUCCAGCUCCUCCUGCCGCUUCUGCUCCUUCCUGCGACUCCUCAGACGCCAGCGCAAGACGGUGAUGCCUCUCGGGUUGUGACUCCGGGGCAGAAACUUGAAAGAGCCCUUUGCCCGCCGUCCUACUUGGCAGCAAACCUUCUAGCAGCGAAUGACCAUGUGUAGCGGAGCGAGGCUGGCCCUGCUGGUCUAUGGCAUCAUAAUGCACAGCAGCGUCUUUUGCUCACCUGCAGCUGCUGGACUCCGGUUUCCCGGGAUCAGGCCAGAGGACGAGGCUUACGACGAAGACGGAAGCCCCCUGCAAGAUUUCUACGACUCGGACCCUCCCGGCGCAGGGAGCCCCGCCUCCGCGCUGCAUGAUGCCUAUGCACUGUACUACCCUGGGGAGCGGAGAGAUGUAGCCCUCGGGAUCCUUAACAAGGCCUACCGCAAGGUGCUGGACCAGCUGUCCGCCAGGAAGUACCUGCAGACUCUCAUGGCCAAGGGCAUGGGUGAAAACCUGGGCGGCGGCCCGGAGGACGACUUGGAGCCGCUCUCCAAGCGCCACUCGGACGGGAUUUUCACAGACAGCUACAGUCGCUACCGGAAACAAAUGGCUGUUAAGAAAUACUUGGCGGCCGUCCUAGGGAAAAGGUAUAAACAAAGGGUUAAAAACAAAGGACGCAGAAUAGCGUAUUUGUAGCGAAGAGUUACCACCUACCCUGUGUAUAAACCCUGCCACAAUGAAAAGUCGUUUUCCAAACUGACAGAACAGUCAUUGCUCAUAUGUUCUAUCCAAACAUGUAUUUAUGUAUGAAGUAAAGCCAUUAAAUGAAUAUUUUGAUAAUAAUAUUGUUUUUCUUUUUACAAAGCACUAGAGAAUGCACAGAUAUACUUUGUGGACCAAUUAUUGAUAUAUAUUAUAAAUAUAUUAAAAGAAUAUCUAUAUAAUAGAGAGCGAUUCAUACAAAGUGUGCACAAGGAUUGAAAAUUCGCCUGAGCUGUUUAUGUUUUUAUAUAAAAUACAUAGAAAAAUAGACAAUCAUUGUUUUGAAUAUUACUCCUAUUUUUAUAAACUCGAAUUAAAAGGAUAGUAUUUUUAUCCACGACAGGCCUGAAGAUAUUAAUACUGACCAUUUGCUACUGUACAUAAACAAUGAUGCCCUGCUCCAGGGAGACUUUGAGGUAAUGACUUGGAGAACUGCCCAAGGGCGUUCUUCCUGGUGAGUCUCUGGGGCAGGCUGCUUCAACCCCAGCCGAAAUGACUCAACUGGGCAGGGUCCCCCCUGGCUGGGUGGCAACUUUCUUUGAUUCUACUUUAUUGUGUAUUUGUCUCUCUUUUAGACUCUCAGCCCAGAAGGAAAUUCUCCUAAUAAAACAACAGCUCGAUCCAAAUUGUGCUUCACCCCUACCCCCAGAAUUCACACCGCUCCCUGGGUGAACAGUUGAGGAACUGUACAGAGAAGGAGGCUCAGGAUGGGGAGCCCUCUUUUUUGUACCUCCUGAUUCACCAGGGAAAAUUACUAUUCCCAGGUUAGGGCAAUUGGAACAAAGUGAGGGAGAUAGAGGUAUAUCGGAAGAGGCAGAGCAUAAGGCAGUAGGAGGAGGAUCCUGAAGAGGGACUGGUUUGAGCUAUCCCAGGUCUGAAAAGCUGGGGGCAAAUCCAGUCCCACUACAGGUCUACUGCCUGACUUUGGGCGCUGGGUAUUGGAAAUGGGUGCAAAGUACAAUGUGUUUUUCUCCAGUGCUGUCCAUGCUUCUCAUCUUGUGAAAUGGUCAGGAUUCUCCCCUUUGAACCCUGCUCUGUAGGAGCCAGCCUUUUCCUUUGUGUUUUUUCUGGAAGCCUCUCCUUCCUACCCUCUUGCACUGUUUAAGUACCACUUAACCAUUUUUCAUUUACUUCUCUUAAACUUGUGAAUGCUUCUCACUUUUUUUGUUGUUGUUUGAUUCGAGAACUUACUGUAAAGUUUAGGAACCCUGUGUAGCUACCACUAAGUGAUAAUGCACUCAAUAUGAAACCGUUUGUUUCUUGUUUGUUGAGUUUGUAGGUAAAAAUGUAUUUUUCUACAUUAUGGCUUAUUGCUUAGUAAAAUUUAUUUCAUAAAACCAACCUUUGUCAUAUUAGAAUGUGUAGUGUUCACAUGCUGCUCAGUUUUACAACUGAUAAAUCCUUUAAACCUCAUCUGCAUAUGUAUGAGUACUGUCUGUAUCUGUGGUCAACAGUGAGGUAAGCAAGCUCCAACAGACCCUGAAAACCCACCUUUGUAUCCUUUUUUGGCUUAAGAAAGCAUGUCUGCUUCCUGUCAAUUCCUUGAACAUAUAGAGUCAUCUGUAUAAACAAAAGAACCUUCACCCAGCAACCAGAUCAAGCAGCAACAGAUAAACCAGCCAGCCAAGUUUCCAAAUUUCAGGCACAAAUUUGUUUUUUUCUUUGAAAAAAAAAAAAAAAAAAGAACAAGAAAAGAUUAAACUUUAGCUUGUGAAGUUUUGAAGGACCUUUCCAUUUCCUUUAUGGAUUUGAUCAGUAUGAAGUCAUAAAUCAAAGAAAACAGAAUUGUAUUUGCAUUCCCAGGCGGGGUGGAAGCUGCCGGGAGAUCACAUUGCAAACAGCGAAAACAGAGGCAUUCGAUCCAUGCCUGAGUCCUCUGUACAGGAUCAAUCUUUCCUUAAUUCUGUAGCCUCCUCAGGCAAUGUGACACGGGAUGCAGUUUGCAGCUUUAGUGCCUUUCUUCGCCUUUUAAAUCGCCACGAAUCACAGAUGGCUAUUUAGUGGCCCUACAAUGCUGCAACACAUCAGCUUGCGUUUUAGUCUUAAUUAUUUGUUUCUUGGAUAAUGGGCAGAGUUUUCUGUAUUUGUGUCAGCUGUUAGUGGUGAAAUAGGGCUCUAGUUACCCUUUUAUUUAUGAAGUCUAAUUUAGUGUUCCCGUGGCUAGUUGCAAGCAUUUUACAGUGAUCACCCAGUUUAAUCUUUUGUAUACUUUUUAGAAAUGCCAAGAGCCUUACUAAACUGGAGCAAAUUUAUGAUAUAGUGAUAAUUUAGAUAGAUGUUAGUCUUGAAGCUCUUAUUUUGUGUGCAACUGAUUAUAAAAACAUCUUAACCAAGUAUUAUUACACACAUGAUAUAUAUAACUAGGACUUUGAUAACUGUUAUAUAAAGUGUGUAAAAUUUGUAUGAAUAAAUUUUUGUAAACAAUGCAA